CUGGAAAAUGGAGAGAUUAACAGUAAUUAUUCUUAUUUGUUUACUUGCUGGUUUAUCUGAAUGUGAGGAAACGGGUGAUCAGAAUGAAAUCAAUCAGAACCUGAUCACUGAGCUCUCAUAUGAAGAUACUAAGGCCGAGAACAAUAACGAUGUGUCAGCUGACCCAGGGUCUGAAACAACAGCCCCAACAAUCAGGACCAGUCAUGACGCCCCAAAAAACGGACAAAACUGGGACCCAACCAACCUGAUGUGGAAACCACCACCCAAACAAUCGGAACGGUAUUUUACAGCACCAGUUCAAGGAGUCUAUUAUUUCACCUUUUCUUCUUUCCGGUGGGGAAGAAAAACUGGAACCAGUGGUGGCAGUCUGUACCACAAUGGAAACCAGAUUGUAUCAUGGUAUGGUCACAGUCAGGCUCAUCCCAUCAGUGCCUCAAACAGUGCAGUCUUAAUGCUACAAGUUAGAGACAAGGUCAAUGUUCGUCUUUGGGAAAACCAACAGAUCAGUGAUAAUGAAAAUAAGUACUGCACAUUCACUGGAUUUUUGCUUUUUCCAAUGUGA